AUGUUGAACAAUCCAUCCACCACCAUUGAGGACAAGGUGACAAUUCCUCCGGAUGUCUUUGUUCCGGCAUUGAUCGAACACCUCUACUCGAGAGAAACCGCGGACCGGACUGUUCGGGCCAUUGCUUCCUUGUUGGCUUUGGAGAGCAUUGCGGGAAAAAAGGAUUACACCCAUGCCAUCGUUUUGCACGGAGGUAAAAGGGCCAUCGAAAGCAUCAUGGAGUUGCUCGAACGGACUGGAAACGACCGACGAACACUUUUCAUCCAGGAACAGGCUGCCAGAGCCAUGUUCUACUUGACCGAGGGCAAAAUUCUAGCAUCGUUGCAGAGGAAGCACGAACAGCUGACUGCCAAAGGCGAAGAGUUUGGUGGAGUGGAGUCCAUUGACUUGCCGAGAGCACUCCGAAAUAUGCUGGAUCACUGCUCCGUUUCCAAAAAUCCAAAUCUACAGCGUUGGUCCACCUCUACUAUUCAUCACUUGGUGUUGGAGGAUCAAAGGCGCGCGACAAUGGCUGUGAAUGAAGUGGCUGCAGCUGUUGCCUCGGGCCAGGCUCCCGAUGACUUGGAAUACAACUCCUUCUUGGACCAGCUUGUCUCCACUGGAGGAAUCAUGAUCCUUUGUAGUCUAAUUGGCGCGGAAGACGCAGAUACAAGAGCCCAUGCCGUUGCUGCUUGUCAGGCCAUCCUGUCAAGCACAAGAAUCAUGGACAACAGCCGUGCAGCCUUGGCAGAAAUGACUGGUGGCCAACCAGGUGGCUCCGAAACAAAAGACGGGGAAAUUGUCCGUGCCUUGAUUGCCGGGGGCGGUUGCGGCUCGUCCGUGUCGCAGCUCUUGAUUUCCGCCGAUAAUGCGGUUGCCGGUAUGGGCUGUGAUUUUGUUGCUUCCUUGGUUGGGCCUCUCCUGAGUCAAGCAGCGGCAACUGCCAGCCUGCCAUCGCAGUACGACUGGAGGUCGGACAAUGACGGAAUGGGUGCCUGCAGGGAGGCAGCGUUGGAAAUUGCAACUGGUGCCUGUUUGCCAGCUUUACUUUCCCUCGUGCGUCAGCACGUGAGACGCCCCGUGGAACUGAAAAAAUCCGCUAUGGAGACUCUCGCGGCUGUUGUAUUGGCAGUUGGCGAAAUAGGAAGAGCAUGGGCGGGUGGAAAGUACGAGGAAGGUCUGGAAAUGGUAGGAGCUCCAGCCAAACUGAAGGAGGCUCUUCUUUUGCUCAACGAGGAGGGAACCAUUGAUGCAGCUCUCGAGCUUCUUCAGUCAACGGCUGCACAGUCUUUGGGUUCUGCUGCAGAUACACCGGCAUCUAGAAUGCGAGAAUGUGCAGGAAUCAUUCUGGCGUCUCUUACGACUUGUUCCGCCGAAGCAAUCAUGGAGCUUCAGACUCGUAAGGUCGUCUCUCCCUUGCUCUUGGCGUCCAAUGACGCUUCGAUGUUGUCACCUUCGAGUAUCCGUGGAGAUACAGCUCCUCGUUGCCUGGGAGUUUUGGAAACGGUGGCUUCUGUGCUCAUGUUUGCUUGGCAACAUCCAUCGGGAGCAUCUAAUGAGCUGCUGGACCAGCUGAUUGAGGCCCUUGAUGUGGGAGCCAUAUCCUUUCUUUCAAAAGUGCUGCUGAAGGGUGUCGAAUGGGAUUCCAAGGACAAAGCGGUUGGUGGAAUGAAGUCAGCCACAGCCUGCUUUCGCUUGCUCUGUUGUCUCUUUGGGAUUGCGCUGACUGACGAGACAACUAUCGGCAUGAAACGUCUCAUGGACGCGGUGGAUGCAGACUCUUACAAUUACAACACUGGCCGCAACAAGAAAGGGCCACACAACAUUGUGGAAGCAGUGUUGGGGUCGCUCCAGGUGGCUUCCGCGACGGCAAAGAAGGCUCUUAUGGGGAGCCUUGGACAAGGGGCUCACUACCAAACCGCCCUUAUGGACAUGCUUGAGGCUGCUGUGCUCGCCACGGGAUCCAUGUGUGGCUCAUCGGUGGCUCCUGGUGGCGGGGAGGGUACUCUGAUCAAGGGGGAGAAUUUCUUGGCCCUUCGCAGUGACGAAUAUGUUUCUCGCAGGAGAGACAUUUGCAGCGCUGCAUGCGAUGUUGUGGUGCGAAGUGGCAGAGCCGGGCCACCGCUAUUGCCUACUAUGCUCGUAGGCGGGUUUGGGGAAGGCACCGUUGUUGCCUCGUUGCGGUUGUCUCUUGCCAUUGCACAGAACGGCGUGAAGACACAGCAUGCCAAGCUGGCACACAGCGGGAUCUUGGUUCCGAUCAGUGACAUUCUUCGAAGUGCUCUCUCGAAUGGCGACUUGUACAAGUUUAGUGCCGCGUUGGCUCUGGUUCGGAACUGCGGCCCGCACGUGGCUUCAGGAGAGAGCGGCGGUCUACAAUCAGUUCGAGAUGCCAUCCGUAUCGCAACUAAUGUCAUGACUCUUCCGAUACCACACGACGCCAGCAUUGAACAGAUCGAAACGCAAGAGUCACUCAAGGCUGAAUGUAUCAGUGCACUGGAGUCGCUGAGCCACAACGCAGCGCUGUGGAACGCUAUUUCGACGGAUGCUCUUCCUUCCAUGGUGCGAUACUUGCAAAGCACCGGCGACAGCCCUGGGGCAAGCGCUCGAAUGCGUGAAACGCGGUGUGCUGCUCUUCGCGUAUUCCUUCAGCUCGUUCAGGUGCCUUCCCACGCGGUAUCUGCUGCGGAAUCUGGUCUUGCCCAGCCGCUUGGAAAGGUCCUGAGGAACAGGGCGGCAAAGAAUAGCCAGGAAGAAGAUGACGAAGUCCCCAUGCUCGCGCUCGAAGUCCUUCAGGUCAUUACAAAGAACGACAAUGCACGUCGAAAGGCGAGAAUUCUCGACACUGGUGUUGCCCGUGACAUCUGCAACGCGAUUGGAAACGCAGCCACUGAAAAGCCCAAGAAACCAACCGACAGUCGAGCCAACAUCACAGUCAUUGGAUUGGAUAUACUGCAGGCUGUGUUGAGGGACGUGGAGAGUGAUGUUAGCACCCAGUCAGUUCUACAGUCACCGGCUGCCAUUGCUUUCCUUGAUGCCGUGGCGAGCGAAAGAAACUUCGUCAGGGCCAUGUGCUCCACACUGCUGCUGAAAACUGGAAUGAAGCUUCCCGUCGAGGAUGAAGAAACGGGACAGGACCACUACGAAAUUCCAAAGUUGUAUGGCCCUCCGCUUGUGUUGGUUCGCGAAGCUUGCGGUGGAUAUGCCAACACACACGAAGCUGUCGCUGCCAUUUUCUUCUCGGUGGCAGUGUAUGCUUGUGCCAUCGAUUCGAAGAGGAGCGAUGCUUUUUGGAAGACUUCUCUGUUGAAGGAUGCCCAGCCCGAGUCAGACCCCGAGGAAAGCGCCCAAACUGCAGCGACCUUCAGCGCUCAUUUAUUGAGUCUCCUCGACAGCGACUACAAACCUUUCAUGCCCCUGGACCCCCAGCGGAUGGAGGAUUUCAAUCUCAUUUCGAGACCGCUUGUUCGUCACCAUUUGUUGGAAGCCUUGAGAGACUCAAUCGCUGCUGGUGUUAGCGGUGAUGGAUCGGACCCUUACUUCGUCGCACUUUUCGUCAAGUUCAACGUCCCGAGAGUGUUGUUGACUCUUUGGGAUGAUCCAGCUCUGCUGGAUGUGGCGUUUGGUCUUCUGAAGCAAGUUGUCGAAAUCGAUCCUGAUGAUGUAUUGCAUCUCUUUGUUGAGUCCAAGGAAGCGAUUCAAGCACUAUUCAAUAUGCUGAAUCUAGAUCCACCCGCUGGAACGGCAACUGAUAUCUCGGAGAUCAGGCGGUUCUUGGCGUCCAUUCUUGGCAAGCUCGCAGAGAAUGGAUUGCUUACCGAUGCAGUUACCAAGUUUGACGCCAGGAGUGCUGCGAUUGGUGCAUUGGCUGCUGCCUGUCUUACAGAAGAGGCGGCCGUGGUCAAUGACGACGACGACGAUGAGGACAUGACAUCAAACCGUUUGUCCAGUGGCUUAAUGCGCUGUCUGGUGGAACUUUGCACGGUCAGAGACGCAAAAGGAGGUAACAAAAUCGUCUUGUCAGCUCCAGAGGCAGAAGCAAUUGCGAAAAAUCUCGGCAAGAAGAUUUGCCACAUGGUGCUGUCUAGGUUCCUCGAGCGUGCAAAGCUGCAAGAGUACGAGAUGGAAGAAGAAGAAGAAAUCAUGAAUGCACCUGAUGUGGCAAUGCUUUGCGCCGUGGCUCAGCAUGAUGCAGCGUUGCAGAUCCUACGCCGUAUUGGAGGGCUACAUGCAUUGAGUCAGAUUGCCUCCGAGGGCGAACUCUCGGCUGUGCUCGUUCUGAAAAAGGCUUGCCAAGACGACUUUUCGCUAUUGUUGGAGGCCGACACGUUCAAAUCCAUCAUGUGUCUCUUCUCCAAGAAGGAUCACGUUGCGCACUGGCGAACAGAUGUAUCUCUUCGACGUCAGAUCGAGGGAGCCGCAUUCGACUUGCUUGCGAGCUUGUGCGGAGUGUCGCAGAAGGGCCGAAAAGCGGUCGGCGCUGCAGAAGAGUGUGAACAAUGUACUGCCAGGGCGAUUGAAAUCGUGGGUUCAUUGGGCGAUGAUGCGGAUGCGGAAGAUGCCGCACCACCCACCGUAGCAGCUGAAUCAGACGACGACGACGAUGCACCGCCGUCAUAUAAUGCAGUCGAGGUGCCUGCAGACAAGAUCGAAAUGACCGCGGACGAUUCAGCACUGUGUGCAUCGGCCAUGUCUUUCUUGUCGUCACUUGUUUCAGUGCCUGCCAUUAGAAAGGAACUCGUGGAAAAUGAUGACUUCAUCAAGGCUUCUUCGUCAUUGGUCAAGACAGAAAUCAGUUUGUCGCUCCGCUACGAUUCCAUCAAGCUGAUCAAAUCUCUUGCUCCUUUUGCCACAAAAGACAGCACCCUAAAUGCUGACCUGGUCGCAGAUGUUCUUAUUGAGGCUCUCAAUGCUGAUGUGAAAUCUAGCGGUGCUGUCACAGCUGGCGAGGUCAAUGGCAAUCUGAUCCACGGAGCAGCUGUUGGCGGGCUGCAGAUCACGUUCAGUACUCUCGAAAGCGACAAACAGUUGGAUGUUGCACGGUCCGUGGUGAAUAGAUUCACAAAGUCCGUAAAGACGUUGACGGUUGCAAAGGGCGACAAACGACAUCUUGGCCAGCUCAUCUACAACAUGACAUUGAUACUAUUGCUAGCAAGAGGAAAGGACUCAUCGGAAGAGGCCUUUACCAAGCAGUUGAUGUCAUCUCUCAUCAACGUGGUUCAGUGGCGGUAUGAUCCCAAGACGAAGCUCGAAGAUCCAGAUGGGAAGUUACUUUGUGCAUCGGUCACCCACUGCCUGCAAGUCUUGUCGCUCACUCUAAUGACGACAGAUGAACAAGUCGCGAGCCUGGGCAUCAAAAAGUCGGACCUGUCUGGCACUGUUUUGAUGGUUGCAAGACCUGGCAAGGCCCCUCGAAAGGCAAUCGACAUGAUGUCGGCUUUGUCAAAGGCGAUCGACGGCGCUGAUGCUGCUUGUGGCAUUGCAGCGGCAAACUUGAAGAAUCUCAUUGCUUCUUAG